CGCCCUCCAAGAAAACAACAUCACGGGGUGCUCGCAAAAGUCUUCCAAGUGAGUGAGCCAGGAGAGGACCGCCCUUCCUCGCAGAGCUCCGCGCCGCCUCCAAGGCAAGCAGACUUACCCGCAGGAAGCGUCUCAUCGCCGGGAUCCCUGCGUGUCUCAUCCCCUCCUGCCGCAACCUCCAGGCGGCGGUGAAGAGGAGGCUCAGACACCCAACAGACUCUACUAUCACGCCGGCUCACUGUCAAGCUCACGCUCGAUAUGGGGUGCCGGCUGCCCAAGUUGCGCAAAGGCGAAGAGACGCAAAGCCCAGGCAACAUUUACUCCACGCUGCGAAGGCCUCAGGUGGAGACCAAAGUCGGAGUGUCCUACACCUACCACUUCCUGGAUUUCCUCCUAGGAAAAGAAGAGGUUCCGGUGUCAUCGGUGCUGUGCCUCUCUUCAGUCCGAGAACUACCCGUCCAGGUGAGGGAGCUCUACGCACAGGGCUUCGUGCUGGUUGCCGUCCAUCCGUUCGUGCAUCCCUGUGGCCCCCAUCAUGCCCGCAUCCAGCGGCAGCUCCACCGGGCCGUGCUUGUCCGAGAAACGCCAAGUUGGGAGAAAAGCCAGGAGAGGAGACGGUGGAGACAUCGUCUGGAGACGGACGUGUGCGCGGCCGGGCACCAGGCGGCCGACCCGGAGGUCAUUCAGAGCUACGUCAAGAGGAUCCAGGAUGUGGCCGAGCAAGGCGUGAUGUUCGUGGGCUUCCUCCAGCAGCCAGGAGGGGCGCCCUGCUUCCUGGCCAACUGGGACCCCGACGAGCUGUCCUCCCUCCACUCCAGCCCCUCCCCCAUCCACCGACACCCCCUCAUCAGUGCCAACACCAGCCCGACAGAUCCCGCGGAGCCGCGCCGCGACGACGGCCUCCCCUUUGAGCGCGGAGAGUCGGAUCGUGAAAGCGGAGAUGAAGAUACACGCCCUUGCAAGCCGACCUUGGCUGAGGGAUCUGACGAGGGGUCACUUGAGUCGACACAGCAUCCUCCUCAUCGCCGCUGUGAAAGUCCGAGCUGGGCGGAGACACCGGAGAGGCGUCUGAGUGCAGGCGCGAAGAGCCAGGAGGACAACUCACUAGAAGAACCCCCACAGAAUCCUCCACGCCGCAACAACAACCACAUGCACCCGCAAACAUCUGAAAGACAGAAGAAGGAGCCUCCCGCGCCAGCCCGACUGCAGCUGUUUGCGCUCUACAACUCCACGGGGGAGCCCGCCACCUCUUUGAGCUUCUACUCGCUCAGGGUGCCCCUCCGGGUGCACACGGAGGCGGGGCUUGUGACGGACGUGGACGGCGACUGGCUCGACCACAUGACGCAGCAUUUCAGCAGCGGAGCGCAACUCAUCGACGGCUUCUUCCACCUCAGGGAUGAGAAGGAUCAUGGACUUUCAUCAGUGGAUAGUGUCUUCAUCUUCCACAACUCCACAGAGGAGACCUCCUACGACGCCAUCGUGGUGGAACAGUGGACCGUCGUCGACGGUGUGGCGGUGAAGGCGGACUACAUUCCGCUGCUGCAGUCCUUGGCGCCAUACGGAUGGAGGCUCAUGUGUGUGUUGCCCACGCCCAUCGUCAAGACUAACAGCGACGGCAGUUUGUCCACCAAACAGAUCCUCUUCCUUCAGAGACCCGUUUUACAGCGCAGGAGGAAAGACUUCAAGUUGCUGACCCGGCGAGGUCGCCACAGGACCAAGAAGCACGCGAGCGGCGAGAUGCUGGAGGAGGGCGAGGAUCGCUCCCUGGUCCUCGACACGCAGAUGGACACGCUGCGGCGUGCGGGCGACCAGCAGGCGGACGGGCUGCGGACGUGGAGCGGCGAGGAGGGGGAGGGGCACGCUGACAGGGACCGCCCCUUCCUGUCGGGCAGCCUGCCGUCCCUCGGGGAGCGGGAGGAGGAGACGGACGUUGACGGCGGUCCGGCGGCCAGGAAGACGGUGACAUGGACGGACGUGUGUCGCGGAGGGGGAGGAGUCAGAGCGGACGUGAAGAUGGAGCGCGUCCGACAUCAGCUCUUUUCUGGCGUCUGUUGACGUAUUGCUCCUUUU